AAAGGGCUGACGAUCGCUUGCAACAAAGGCUCGGGACUUCCCUCUUGGCGUUCCACUGGAGCCCAGGCGCGCUCGACCCACUGCAGGAAACAGGUCUUCCUCUCUGGCUCUCUUUCGCGCGUUUAUUUAUUUUUGUUUUAUCCCUCCCCCUCGGGUGACUUCACAAGCCCCGUCUGCCAAAAGAGCCCCAUGCUCUGUGCAGAGCGGCAGCGCGGGAGGCAGGAUGGUUCCGCGGGAUCGGAGAGGCGCUAACCAGGUGCUGUCGCCGGAUCGCCGCCUUGCCUUCGCUCUCUUCCCGCUCCUGCUGCUCCCCGCGCCGGUCGGCGGGCUGGAAGUGCAGCACAAGUUCGUCUCUCCCACCGCCACCAACAACUUCGCGCUGGAUCAGUCGGGCGGUAAGAUCUACCUGGCGGCCGUCAACCGGCUGUACCAGCUCUCGGGCCCCAACCUGACGCUGGAGGUGGAGGAGCAGGUGGGCCCGGAGGAGGACAGCCCGCUUUGCCACGCGCCGCAGCUGCCCCAGGCGUCGUGCGAGCACGCCAAGAAGCCGACCGACAACUACAACAAGCUGUUGCAGCCGGACCCGGAGCAGGGCAUCCUGGUUGUGUGCGGCUCGGUCUACCAGGGCUUCUGCCAGCUGCGCAGCAUGGACAACAUCUCCGUGGUGGCCGUCGCCUUCCCGCCCGGCGGGGACGGCGACCCGGUGACGGUCUUCCCCAGCAUGCUCAACGUGGCCGCCAACCACGCCAACGCCUCCACCGUCGGGCUGGUGCUCCGGCAGCCGGGGCAGGACACGCGGCUGCUGGUGGCGGCCACCUACACGGGUUGGGGCAGCCCCUUCUUCCCGCGCAACCAGAACCUGGAGGACCACCGCUUCGAGAACACGCCCGAGAUCGCCAUCCGCGCCCUCAACGCCCGCGGCGACCUAGCGCGCCUCUUCACCUUCGACAUCAACCCCUCCGACGACAACAUCUUCAAGAUCAAGCAGGGCGCCAAGGAGCGCCACCGCCUCAACUUCGUCCGCGCCUUCCUGCACCGAGGGAGCCCCGGCCCCGUGGGGGAGAAGGGACGGCCUUCCAAAGGCGCCCUGCUCCCUCCGGGCCGCCCGUCGGGCUCUUACGCCUACCUGGCCCUCAACAGCGAGGCCAACGCGCGGGAGAAGGAAAGCCACUCGCAAAGCCUGCUGGCCCGCAUCUGCUUGGGGGACGCGGCCGAGGCCUCCACCCUCAAUGGCAGCAGCGGUGGCGGGGAAACUAAGAAGCUCACCGAGUCCUACAUUCAGAUGGGGCUGCAGUGCGGCAAGGCUGGGCCGGGGGCGGCAGGGGGCGACCUCUUCAACAGGCUGGUAUCGGUCUUUCCCGCCAGCGCCGCCCUGCAGGCCGGUGCGGGGGGCUCUUCGCCGUCUCCUCUGGAGGAGCUGCUCUUCGGCGUCUUCGAGAAGGCUGCUCCUCCCGCCGGCUUUCCGGGGCUCGGCGGGAGACAGGGCCUUCAGCCCUCGGCGCUCUGCGUCUUCCGCUUCUCGGAGAUCGAGGAGGCCGUCCGAAGGGCCCGGCAUUCGUGCUUCGUGGCGCCGGAUUCGGGGCUGGUCACGGUGCUCGACAGCGUGGUGCAAGGCACAGGGCCUGCCUGCGAGAAGAGGAAAAUCCAGUUGCAACCAGAACAGUUGGACUGUGGAGCAGCACAUCUCCAGCAUCCGCUGUCAAUCCUGCAGCCUAUCAAAGCCAGGCCUGUGUUCACUUCAACAGGCCUUACAUCAGUAGCAGUCUCCAGCAUCAAUAAUUACACAGUUGUAUUUCUGGGAACAGCAAAUGGAAGACUCCUUAAGAUCAAUCUGAACAGUUCUAUGAAGGUGAUAAGUAGGGAAUCAAUUACUGUGGCUUAUGGUGAGCCUGUCCACCCCCUCAUGCAGUUUGAUCCUUCUGACUCCAGUUAUCUGUAUUUGAUGACCUCCCAUCAGAUAGCUCGCGUGAAAGUAUCUUCCUGUGAUCAAUAUACCACAUGUACUGAGUGCUUAGCUGCAGCCGAUGCUUAUUGUGGAUGGUGCACCUUGGAGACCAGGUGUUCUAUGCAGUAUGAAUGUGCUAACUUUCUUGAACCGAAUUUCUGGAUAAGUACAAGUGAGGGAGUGCAUCAGUGCCCUUCGAUGACCAUAAUACCCUCAGAAAUAAACAUUGAUGAGGAGAACCAGGCCCUGAUAAUCCAGAUACAUGGGAAUAUUCCAAAUUUAAAUGGAAUGAAGAUGUCUUGUGAUUAUGGGAAUGAUGUCACCACUGUAGCUACUGCAGCUAAAGUCCCUGCAGAUUCUGGGAACCAAUUUGUUUAUUGCAAUUUUCUUCCCAGAGAGAAUUAUCCAGCAUUCCCAUCUAAUCAAGACCAUGUGAUUGUUCAAACUGCUGUGCGGGUCAAUGGCAAAAGCAUUGUGCGGGCCAAUUUCACCAUCUAUGAUUGCAAGAGAACUGGAAACAUUUACCCAAAGACAGCGUGUAUCAGCUGCCUCUCAGCUAAAUGGAAAUGUUACUGGUGCACUCAAAGAUAUACAUGUGUCUCCAAUGCCUCUGAGUGUGAAGGCUCAAUACAGAUGAAUAAAAGUAUUGAUUGUCCACACAUUGUGCCUGCCUCUGUAGCACCUGUGCCAACUGGGGCUUCCCAGGACAUCAUCAUUACUGUGAAGAAUGCUGCUUUUGUAAAGGACAUGCCCUUGGAAUGUCACUUUGGAACUGACAGGAUGUUUGAAGCCCAGUGGAUGAAUGUUUCUACUGUGCAGUGUAGCAAUGUGCUGCUUUACACUUCAGAGAAAAGACACCUCUUUCCGGUGAACCUUCAACUGAGAGAAAAACCUGAUAGAUUUAUUGACAGUCCACAGAUGAUGACAGUGGAAAUUUAUAAUUGUGCAACAGGAAGUGCUGACUGUUCUCAGUGUCUUGGGAGAGAAGAUCUUGGUCAUCAGUGCAUUUGGAGUGAAAGUAGUUCUAGUUGCAGACUAAACGCUGAGUCUCUUCAGAUACCAGGCAUGUGCCCUCCUCCUGAGAUUAGGAAGAUUGAACCCCUGAAUGGACCCCUAGAAGGAGGAACUCUGAUCACAAUACAAGGAAGAAAUCUGGGCCGCAGGUUCAGUGAUGUCAUCAGUGCUGUCAAGAUAGGAAGUGUGAAAUGUUCACCGCUCCAGGACAGAUAUAUAGUCUCCGAGGAAAUUGUAUGCUGGACUGGAGAAGCUGCAGAAGAAUUUUCUGAUGUGGUGACAGUUAAUGUGAGCAGAGAAGGAAGAUCCAGGGAGCGAUUCUCCUAUGUGCUUCCAGUGGUGAAAUUCAUAUCUCCAUCAACUGGCCCUAAAGCAGGGGGGACCAAAGUGACCAUCGUAGGGAAUAAUCUCCAUGUGGGAUCAGCACUGCGCGUAAUGGUCAAUAGCACAAAAGAAUGCAGAGACCUCAGUCGUACUGACACUACCAUUACUUGCACUAUGCCAGGUGUGGAGGUUACUGCCACCGUGAGAGUCUGUGUCCAGUUUGAGAACAAGUCUUGCAUCAAUGAUAACUGUACUUUCACAUACGAAAAAAAUCCAGUAAUUACCAACAUCAACCCCCAAAAGAGUCAGGUCAGUGGAGGCAGGAUCAUCACUGUGGAAGGAAUUGGAUUUUUGAUGGCUCAGAAUGUGUCUAUGGUAGUACAUACUAUUGGGAAGGAACAAACGAACUGUAAGGUUCACACCGACACUGUGAUUACCUGCCCCUCUCCAGCUGCCUCCAACCUCACUAUGGGGAGCAAGCCAGCACCAGUGGACUUCUACAUCAAUGGCCGCCUGUAUGCUGAUGACAGCCUGUCCCCCCUUGAACCCCCUGAGGAUGCCAUACACAUUAGUAAGUUCCAUCUGGAAUACUACGCAGACCCCCAGUUCUUCACAGCCAAGAAGGAGAAAUGGAUCAAACACCAUCCUGGAGAGCCCUUGACGCUCGUCAUACAUAAAGAGCCUGACAACCUUGGUCUGGAAAGCAAUGAGUAUGAAGUUAAAAUUGGUCUAAUUUCCUGUGAGAUACAAAUAGUUUCAGACAAAGUCAUUCACUGCUCUGUCAAUGAAUCUUUCAGCACCUCAGAAAGACAGCUCCCUGUUACGAUCCAAGUUGGGAAAUUCAUUCAAACUAUUGCUAUGGUGCAUCUUGGAGGAAGUGAGACAGCUAUUACAGUUUCCAUAGUCAUCUGCAGUAUCUUAUUGCUGCUCUCUAUAGUAGCCCUUUUUGUGUUUUGCACCAAGAGCCGCAGGGCAGAGCGUUAUUGGCAGAAAACUCUGCUGCAGAUGGAAGAGAUGGAGUCUCAGAUCCGGGAAGAAAUCCGCAAAGGCUUUGCUGAGCUCCAGACAGAUAUGACAGACCUGACCAAGGAGUUAAACCGCAGCCAGGGAAUCCCCUUCUUGGAGUACAAGUAUUUUGUGACCCGAACUUUCUUUCCCAAAUGUUCUUCUCUUUAUGAGGAGCGUUACAUUUUGCCUUCCCAACACCUCAAUUCUCAGAUGGGAUCUCACAUCCAAGAAACUCACCCAUUACUGUUGGGCGAAUGGAAAAUUCCUGAGAACUGCAGACCCAAUAUGGAAGAAGGAAUUGCAUUGUUCUCCACCUUACUCAAUAACAAGCACUUUCUCAUUGUGUUCGUCCAUGCUCUUGAGCAACAGAAAGAUUUUGCUGUUAGAGACAGAUGUAACCUGGCCUCCUUGCUUACCAUUGCAUUGCAUGGGAAACUGGAGUACUACACUAGCAUCAUGAAGGACCUCUUGGUGGAUCUCAUAGAUGCUUCUGCCUCGAAGAAUCCCAAACUUAUGCUGAGGAGAACAGAGUCUGUGGUUGAAAAGAUGCUGACCAACUGGAUGUCCAUCUGCAUGUACAGUUUUCUCAGAGAAACAGUUGGGGAGCCCUUCUUCCUGCUACUCUGUGCCAUCAAGCAGCAGAUCAAUAAAGGAUCUAUAGAUGCCAUCACUGGAAAAGCCAGGUAUACUCUCAAUGAAGAAUGGCUACUAAGAGAGAACAUCGAAGCAAAGCCGAGGAAUCUUAAUGUGUCUUUCCAAGGCUGUGGGAUGGACUCCCUGAGUGUUCGGGUCAUGGAUACAGACACUCUCAGCCAAGUUAAAGAGAAGAUACUUGAAGCUUUUUGCAAGAAUAUUCCAUAUUCCCAGUGGCCAAGAGUAGAAGAUGUUGACCUUGAAUGGUUUGCCACAAGCACUGACAGCUACAUCCUUCGGGACCUUGAUGACACUUCAGUGAUGGAGGAUGGCAGGAAGAAACUGAACACGUUAGCACAUUAUAAGAUCCCUGAAGGUGCCUCCCUAGCUAUGAGUUUUACUGAUAAGAAAGAUACCACUCUAAGCAGAGUGAAAGAUUUGGACACUGAAAAAUACUUUCAUUUGGUUCUUCCCACGGAUGAACUAAAUGAAAAUAAGAAAUCUCAUCGGCAAAGUCAUAGGAAAAAGGUCCUUCCUGAAAUCUACCUGACCAGAUUGCUUUCCACAAAGGGCACACUUCAAAAAUUCCUGGAUGACCUGUUCAAAGCCAUUCUUAGUAUUCGAGAGGACAAGCCGCCUGUGGCUAUCAAGUAUUUCUUUGAUUUUCUGGAAGAACAAGCAGAGAAACGUGGGAUCUCUGAUCCAGACACAUUGCACAUUUGGAAAACCAACAGCCUACCUCUGAGGUUUUGGGUCAACAUUCUGAAGAAUCCACAGUUUGUCUUUGAUAUAGACAAAACUGAUCACAUAGAUGCCUGCCUCUCUGUAAUAGCCCAGGCAUUUAUUGAUGCUUGCUCCAUCUCUGAUCUACAGCUGGGCAAGGAUUCACCUACUAAUAAACUGUUGUAUGCCAAGGAGAUUCCUGAAUACAGAAAAAUAGUGCAGAGAUAUUAUAAACAGAUUCAUGACAUGCCACCUCUAAGUGAACAAGAAAUGAAUGCACACCUAGCAGAGGAGUCCAGGAAGUGUCGGAAUGAGUUUAAUACCAAUGUAGCCAUGACUGAAAUUUACAAAUAUGCCAAGAGAUACCGCAACCAGAUUGUGAAUGCAUUGGACUCCAACCCUACAACAAGACGAACGCAGCUGCAGCACAAAUUUGAGCAAGUGAUUGCACUCAUGGAAGACAAUAUCUACGAGUGCUGCAGCGAGGCUUAAACAGCAACCCAGAUUUGCUUCCGUGUCUAAAAGUGACCUUCUCUACAGUGCACUGUCCUUUAGGGAACCCUCUUCAAAGUAUCUGUAUGUCAAUAUGUAGCCUAUUGUAUAUAUAUGGUAACUAAAACCAAUUCAAGGUGGGUCUGACCAAUCUCCUUAAAUCAUCUGGUGAAAUGAGGGCUGUCCACCAAACAGCUUGAAAUCCCUUAUGUGAUCUGCACUGCAUGACACUCGUAAUUUAUUUGAUCUUUCAGACAGCAGCACAGCACUUGCGCUGCAAACGUAGUAGCUUUUUCUAGAGAGCUCCUACACUUGUUCAAAGCAGCUGUCUUCCCCUUCAUUUUCCCAAAGAGACUGUGGUGGCCAGGAUAUGAAAGCAAAGAUGGGUUGGCUAGGCAAAAAAGCAGAGAAGCCUUAGAGAAUAAUAAUAGAUGAAGGUUUUAAAAGGGUGUUGAAGCAACUGCGGAAUUCCCUCUGACAGUGCCCCUCUUCUUUCUGUGUACUUUAAAUUUCAGGGAAUCCAUUUACUGUACACAGCGUGCUGCAUUUGAUGUAUUUUGUGCCUUUUAUUUUUGUACUGUACGUGUAAACAUAGCCACACCUUCACCUGAAGUUGGAAAAAGGUGAGGAACUUGCAGACUAGACAAUGCAGUUGCUUCCUAAGUAGUCAUAACUUCUGAAAGCACUUUACUCUUAAUGGAAAUGGCUAUUACCUUGCUGGAGGGAUCAUUAUUGUGCAGCUGUUCCCGUUUCCCAAAACAUCCCAGAUUUGCGCAGUGAGUUUCAGUCAACAAAUUCCCUUCUAAAUGCCCAUCUGGCUCCAGGAAUACUUUUCACUAAAGGGAGGAAAAAAAUAUACUUUGCUGAGGUCAAAGGGAAGCACUUCUUUCCCUUUGUUCUCCCCCCCCCCCCCCCCAUAAUUUUAGAGUGUAUGAACAGAGCUGAAGAGUUGAACUCUUGGCUCAGCAUAAAUCCAAAGUUAACACGGUUUAAAUGCAAGACCAGUGGUAAUUUCAAUAAAGUAAAAAAUGGUAUCUGUUCCUAAUCCAACGUCUCGCAUAAGGCACAUACUUUUAUGUAUGGUGAAAAAUUCUUUUUGCUGUUAGAGGGUUGCUUCCAAUGUUAUGUAUUUAGCAUGUACAUGUAUCCUACACACUAAAGCCAUAUUGUUUGGUUUUUUAAAAAAUGUGUGUAAAAUGCAAGUUUGAUUCAGACACAUAUGGCAGGGAACUCUCAGUUGUCCAUAACUCCUUUCGUGGAGCACCUGUAGGGGAAAAUCUGUUUUCCCCAAAAGCAUGUGAAAUCGAUCUGAGAGUUUAGCCAAAGGCUAAGGAUAGAGUAGGAAGACAUAAGCAAGAUGAGCAAGCGUGUUAUUUACAAUUACAGUGCAAUGCUAAACAGAGUUACACCUUUCUAAAGCCAUUGAAGUCAAUGGCCGUGUGUGCCUAACCCUUUCUCUCCUUUAAUGUUUCAUAUGUUUCCGCUUUCCACAACAUUUCCCCCUGUACAUCUGGCUUUUGCAAAGACACAUGUGGAACCCUGCAGAGGGUAAGGCAGGUUGGGAAGCCUGAUUGGAGUACAGGAAAGAGUUAGACACAAACACACCAUUCUUUUACUUCCAAUUACAUCCCCUCCAGAAAUUCCUUUUAACUAUUUUUAAAAGACCAUGGGAGUAAUGUUACAACACAACUAUCUGUAAUCAGUGGGAAAAUAAGCACACUGAUUUUCAUUCUACUGUCUGUUCUGUGUUUGCCAGUACAAUUAAAGUAUCAGUUAGUCCAGAAUGUAAUUCCCUUAGCUGUUCUUCAUAUGCCUUUGCACUGACUACAGAAGGAAGGGAGGUUUUUUUUUCUUUUGUGCUGUCAAUAGUAGUCCUAGGCUUGUGUUUCUCUCAGAGUUCCCCUUUAGCCUCAGGUAGCUGCCUGUAGGCAGUGGCCGUUGCAUACAGUUAAAUCCAAACUUGCUAUAAGAGCAUUGAUUCCAGUAAUGCUACUGACAACACCAAGCUUAGAAACUGCCGAAUAAUGCUUAAAAUAUUACACUACCUCACCAAAGGCAAGGUCUAAAGGGGAGUUGCUACAAUGUGAGGCUAGGAUUUAAUCAGUGGGGUGGAAACCAAACUUUUUUUCAAAUUAAAAUCUUGUUGCUUUCUGUAGUUAUUCUCUGUCUUUAUAUCCUUCCCAAAUGCCUAGCCUAGAAUGUUAUAUGAGGAAUCAAAGUGUCAUGAUGGAUUUUAUCUAGUGGUAUAUAAAUACCGGUAUAUAUAAAAAAACAACAGAUUUUAUCCAGUGCAAAAACCAAGAGGAAUAUAAGAAAUGAAAAAGAACUGCAAAAUGUCACAGUCACUGAGGAAAUCUCCAUGAGUUUGUUGAGAAAAUGACUGCAGAAGAGAAACUUAUAAAAUGUAGCUGGGCUACAUUUAACUUUGAAAGAGUUCCCCCCCCACCCACCUCUUUUUUAUUUUUUUGGAACUGCGAAGAGCUGCCAAUCGCACAUUUCCACACAAAGGGCCGUCUCAGGAACAUGGAAAGAGAGACCUGCUGACAUUCCAGUUUGAAGAAGGGAGCUGAAAGAAAGUGGACAAGAUUGGUUGGUUAUUCGUGCUAGAGAAGGCUGUCAUUUGCGGGGCGGGGGGGGGGGGUUCAGCACCCAAAUGGGAGUGCAGGAAGCCACUGCCUGGACUGGUCCUUUAGUUUGGGAGGCUUGUCUCUACGUCUCCAUUGCCAAUUGUUAUAUCCUGAGUGUGUGUGCGUGUGUGUGUGUGUUCACUCCAAGCAAUGUGCUUGGCUUGUGUGUGUUACAGCAUAUGCUUUGUUAUUUAAUUCUUUGUCCAAAUAUUUGCUACAACCAUUGAAAAGAAAUAAGUUGUCUACAAACCAGAAGCUGAGGGGUUGGUGCUGUUGCCCAGAACCCAACCCCCUUGUAAUAUAUUUUUAACUUUGUCAUGUUAUAUGUAUGAGUGUUUUUUUUUCCUUACCUGCUGUUUAAUGGAAGUGGCAGAAUCUUUGGGAAAUUAUCUUUAUAAUAAAACAAGGUGAUCAAACUCAAA